AUGGCUGUUUUGCCAAUAUUGUUAGUACUCUUGUUGGGUUCUUCUCCAACUUCGUCCCGUGCAGCUGAUGAAGAACUUGAGGUCACUGUCCUGGACGUGAGCUUGCUGGAACCGCAUACCAGCUGCUCCGGACACAGGGUGAUGCCGCCCCACCCCCACAACAACAGCUGGAUGCCACUGUUUCGUCCUCUCGGCCCGUGCUCGCCGUCGUUCAAGGCUGCUGCAGCGGCGGCGAGGGCGAAGCCGUCGCUGGCCGCCGUGCUCCGGCAGGACCGGCUCCGCGUGCACCACAUCCAUAGAAGGGUGUCCGGCUCCCGCGGUGCCCGCGCGAGCAAGGGCUCCUUCAAGGAACCGGUGUCUGUCGAGGAAACCCAGCUCCACCACCAGGCCGCCAUUUCCGUCGAGGUUGGCACGUCACAGACGAGCUCCGAGCCUAGUAGCAGCAUUCAUCCGGCGGCCACCGACGGCAGCUCAAGCCCACCGGUGACGGUGGUGCUGGACACGGCCGGCGACGUGCCGUGGAUGCGGUGCGUGCCCUGUACCUUCGCGCAGUGCGCCGACUACGACCCAACCAGGUCGAGCACCUACUUCGCCUUCCCCUGCAACUCCUCCGAGUGCAAGCAGCUCGGCCGCUACGCCAACGGCUGCAGCUCCAACGGGCAGUGCCAGUACAUCGUCACGGGCGACUCGUUCACCACGUCGGGGACGUACAGCUCCGACGUGCUCACCAUCAACUCAGGCAACCCCGUCCACGGCUUCCGGUUCGGCUGCAGCCAGAACGAGCAGGGCAGCUUCGAGAACCAGGCGGACGGGAUCAUGGCGCUCGGCCGCGGCGUGCAGUCGCUGAUGGCCCAGACGUCGUCCACCUACGGCGACGCCUUCUCCUACUGCCUCCCGCCGACGGAGACCACCAAGGGCUUCUUCCAGAUCGGCGUGCCGAUCGGAGCGUCAUACAGGUUCGUGACGACGCCCAUGCUGAAGGAGCGGGGGCCAGCGUCGACGCUGUACCGCGCGCUGCUGGUGGCCAUCACCGUCGACGGGAAGGCGCUGAACGUGCCGCCGGAGGUGUUCGCGGCGGGGACGGUGAUGGACUCCCGCACCAUCAUCACCCGCCUGCCCGUGACGGCGUACGGGGCGCUGCGCGCGGCGUUCAGGAACAGGAUGAGGUACCGCGCCGCGCCGCCGCAGGAGGAGCUGGACACCUGCUACGACCUCACCGGCGUCCGCUACCCCAGGCUGCCGAGGAUCGCGCUGGUGUUCGACGGGAACGCCGUCGUGGAGAUGGACCGGUCCGGGAUCCUGCUCCACGGCUGCCUCGCCUUCGCGUCCAACGACGACGACAGCUCGCCGUCGAUCCUCGGCAACGUGCAGCAGCAGACGAUCCAGGUGCUCCAUGACGUCGGCGGCGGGAGGAUAGGGUUCCGCAGCGCCGCCUGCUGA